AUGUCGCUUGACCAGAAACGGGAUCCUACUUCGGAUGAGCUACUGGACAGUAAAACUAACCAAUCAGAUGAAGUCAGUGUGGAAAAUAAUUUUGACUGCCAAGCACUUGGAAAUCUUCACAGCAAGAGUCGUCAAAACCACAUAAAAUGUAAGCCGCAAAGUGAUCAUGAGUCUCAAGGCUCAGAUUCGUCAUUAUCGGAAAGCCGAGAAGAGGCCAAUGAAAGAACCGGCGGUUUGCCAGAAGGAACCGAGGAAAUGGACCCACAUUUAAACGAUCGCGAUAAACUGCAAAUGCUACAAAACGUAUUUAAGACUGUGGGUGGAGACUUAGAAGACAUCAAGACUCUGAUGUUAAGGCUUCGGAGCAUUUUGAGCAACGGCAGCGGCGGAGGGGAGAAGGGGGCAAUAAAUAGCCACAACCGGGCUUCAGUUGAAGAAAGCUCUACGCCGGAAGUUAAAGUAAUUGAUGACAGUGAUGAUGAUGACGAUGAUCAUGGGCCAAUGAAAGAUUCUCAGCGAUUACAUUAUGAAGCAAACCGGGAGGGAGAACCUUCAAGAGAAAGUUCUACAGAAUCUUGUUUUGAGGAGAGUAAAUACUCCACGCUAAUUACUGAUAUAGAAGUACUAAAAAACAAACUUGUGUCUCUCAAGAGAAAUCUAGCAGAAUAA